GACGGCGCGAGCGAGCCGCGACAUUUUACAUGGUUAUUGACUGACUGGUGCUGUUCUGUUGUAAAUAUUGUUUUUUUCGGUGUGUCGAAAACUGUGUGUGAUUUUAAGUGUAUGGUGCGUGUGUGUGACUGUGUACAAUGUUCAGAAAACCCGCAGGUUAAUGGAAACCUACGUGAACACAGUGAAAAAUCCGCCAUAGGUCGAAUAGCCUGUGGUAAAUGUGUAAGCUAUGUCGGCGGAGGGCCACCCUACAGGCGGCUGUAAUGUCUAAGCCAUGGAUGUCGAAGUGAAACAGAGAAAUAGGCGGAGAAAACGCGCCCAGCGUAUGCAGGCACAACGUGAGAUCAACAAAGCUGACCAUCUCGAUGGAGACAGCGGCGACGAAGAUGUCAUUCAGGCGAAGCCCCCCAGGCCCCCCAAUCGAAGAAAAAAAUCCAAAGAACCCCUCUGCGAAGAGGACAUCGUCGAAGGAUUCUCGAUACUCCAGUUCCGUAGCUACGAAGACUUAGAAUUGGUGUUGAAGAUUGCCGUCAAAGAAAAUAUUAAACGACUGACUGAAGUUGAAAGGCCUAAGAUCGAACCGAAGGCUAUUAUUACCAAUCAUAUUUUAGUUCAACACAACCACGGGUUGACGUUAACCCAUGACCCGGCUACUAGCGACGACAGUGGCAGGGCUUCAGAGCGUCUCACUGGAUCAUCGGUGGCUCCACGAGAUGCUGACAGCUCGAGGGACCGACUUAGCGAUGCAAGCAGUAGAUGUAGCUCAGGAAAAGGAUAUAUCUGUGAUAGCGAGGGUGAAGACGAUAAGGGUUCGGACGCCAGUUCGGUGAUAUUUGCGUCCACUCCGGCGUCGAGAAAGCACGAAUUCCCAGGCGCCCUGCCUCCAAGUCUACCCAGUCUGAGCCAUGGUACUAGCAGUUCGCCGGUACCGGCUCCGACGCCUCCGAAUCUUCCGGUGCCGUCGCCCGCUCCCGCACAGCAGCCGCCGCAGCACCCACUGCAAGCCAUUCCGUCGGCAUCGGUUUCAACGACUGCCAGCGUUGUAACGCCUUCGCCUACGCCGGCCGUCGCCAUCAAACCAAUCACGCAAGAAACUCUACCGCCGCCACCAACGACGUCGAUAGCCAGCGUCGUGCCGCAACCGCCUCCGGUAACAAUGCCUAGCGUUCCGAUGGCGGUAUCGAUGCCGCAACCGGCAGCUGCUCCGGUUGCUCAUCAUCCGCCAGCACUCGAUUCUUCAAGCAUUAUUCCUGGUGGACAUGCGAUGAGAACAGAGAGUCCAGCGGUUGCCACCUCUGCUAAUGUUGCCGUUGCCCCGUCUCCGAGUCAGUACCAUCAUCCCGCGUCGUAUCAGCACCAGCCAACUCCAUUGUACACUCCCUAUGCAACAACCGCCACAACAGCACCGCCGCCUCACACUGCUUCUCCAUACAUGUCGACUCCAACACCUAUGACAGCAACGGCAGUAGCGCCGACUGCCAUGAACGCAGCGACCGCACCUCCUGGGCCACCGCAGGCAGUACCGCCACAGGUGGCGGUCGUUCCGCCACAAGUGGCAGUCGCCAAAGUGACGUUGCCUCCACCUCACAUAGAGAGGGAAAAGAUGUUGCCGCCUUCACAGCAAAGAGGGCCUAGCCCCAUUAGAGAAAAUCGGGAGAGGGAAAGCUACAGUAAUGUCGGAAGCCUGAGUCGAACCAGCAUCGCGACGACAACGCUUAGCUGUCCCCCGCCCACCACCACAGUGUCUUCUAGUCUAGCACCAAGCAAUUUAAGCAAGCCAUGGACGGCGAGUGCCCCUUCCGUCGCCCCAACGGCAGUAUCAGCCGCUGUGCCUCCAACCCAACUAAGUCCAGCCCCUCCGAGACCAACGCCACCUUUGCAUUCCAGUUUUCCUGCUGCUCCGAUGUUCGCUACUCCAUUACCGCCUCCUGUGUCGAGAGCUAGUCCCAUGACGGUACCAUCGUCGAUGCCUCCCUCGAAUCCCAAUCCCUUUUCGGCCGAAAGUUUGUUCCAGCCCAAUAAGUAUCCAACAAAUCAAGCUGACAUGUUACGGCGGGAAUUGGACAGCAGAUUUUUAGCAUCUCAAGACCGAAGUUUAGGUGUGGCACCGCCGCCAUAUUUGAGGACGGAAAUGCAUCAACACCAACAUCAUCACACGCACGUACAUCAGCACACUACGUCAUUGCUACCCCCUCCAGCUGCUUCCAGUUUGUAUCCAUCGCAAUUGUCUCUAACACCGGUGGAGCCCCUAGCAAGACGACGAGAAAGUAGUUUUAAGGAUAUUCCGAAACUGGGAAGCGUGGAUUCUCCGUUCUAUCGACAGAACAUCGGUCUACCAGGAACAUAUCCAGGAUACACUCCGAGUCUGAUGCAUCCAGGAUUGACUACAGGUCCAACGCCUUUUGUGCCACCGAACCAUCUGCCUACGUUUCAACCUAAGUCGAUGAACCCUCAAGAUCCAACCAAGCCUAAAAUUGUGAAAACCGGCAAAUGGAACGCUAUGCAUGUACGUGUAGCGUGGGAGAUCUACCACCACCAGCAAAAGAGCGGAGAGGCCAAAGGUAGUCUAGCUUCGGCUACGGCCGCCGCCAAAUCUUCAGCGGAUAUGUUGAGGCCGCCGACGCAUCUAUUCUCGCCGAGCGUUCAUUCCAGACCGCCCCACGAGCUGUCACCGUUCCCGAUGUCUUUGUCUAGUCAUCGGCCGCCCGGGUUCGAUCAGCCACAUCAUCCAGGGUCGUUGUUUUCGUCCCCGGCUGGACAUUUGGGUAAGCCUUUCAUUAGUAAAUCACCCUUUACUGCCAGUUCAGCAAUGUCACCAUUCACCCGUUACGGUGCAGGCCCAUUGGGUGCCGCUUCAACAUCCCCAUUCACCAUGUCUCCCUUUACCAGGGAGAGUCAUCUAGGAUUAGGACCACUCCAUCACGAUCCCUGGCGUUCAUUACAGCGUACGAUACCAACUUUCCCACCGUCGGUGAAUCCCCUUCCUCCGACAUUGCCAGGUUUGGGUCCGGCUCCUCCAGCACCGUGGACCAUGAAGCCUGAUCCCAUCUUGGAACAAAGAGAAAGGGAAGCGAGGGAGAGAGAGGAAAGGGAGAGGGAAAGACUAAGGAGGGAAAGAGAAGAGAGGGAGAGGAGAGAAAGGGAAGAGAAGCAAAGAAGACUGGAACAACAGCAACAAGAACAGCGUGAAAGAGAACGAAAGGAGCGAGAAAAGAGAGAAAUGGAAAGGAGAGAACUAGAACGACAAAGAGAACGAGAAAGAGAGAGAUUAAUGCAAGAACAACGGCUUGCAGAGACCGCUAAGAUGCAAGCACCGUUAAUAAGAGACAGAUCUCCGUUAAGGAAUGGAGAUUUAUCAGAAAUCAGAGUCAAAGAAGAACCUAGAAUCAAAGAGGAGGAUAUAAUGGCUAGAUCGGACCCAAGUUUUGCUUACAGGUACAACCCGUUCCUGAGACACCCAGGAUCAUUACCUCCGCCGCCGCCUGGACCAGCAUCUAUACUGGAUCGCACGAGGAUGUUGCCCCACGCGUUGCCGCCUCAUCCUUAUCACACGCCGACGACUCACUGGGGCGCGCCCCAUGCAGAUCCGUUCUACAGAUAUACUUACAACCCUAUUGUGGACGCUAUGAGAGCACAAGAAGAAAGGGAGAGGGCGUCUUUCUUCGGAGCGUACGGAGCACCGCAUCAUCCCAGCCAGUUGAGGCCUAAGGAUCCAGCGCUGAUGCACUUGAGAACAGGACCCGGUCCUGGCCCACCGCCUCCUCAAAGUCACAAGAUGAGUGUAACGCCACCUACAGAUCUACACAAGAAAGAAGAACCACGAUAGCAUCGACAGACAGUGGUAAUGGCCGACGACCGCGACGAGGGAAUUUUAAAAUACGAAAUGUUGUAAAAGGAGAGGCACCAAAAAGAAGAGUAGAUGGUUCGAAAAAUCAAUGAAAAGCUAGUUGAACGUUCAGUUUCUUUUAAAAAAGAAAGUUUUGUAGAUUUUGAAACAACACCGCACACAUCUUAUGGAAAAUGUAAUGUCACUCAAAUACAAUUAAAUUUACCUGAAUAUAUUGGUCUCGAAGUUACAAUCAUUUCAGAUCAUUGCGCCAACUCUGAAUUUUUAUUAAUAACGGUGCAUAUUGAUAUAAAUAAAACAUAAAACUAAAAUCAAAUGGGUAUGAGUGAGAAAAGAAUGUGAAUCGGCAGUUCAUAAAUCUUUCUGAAAGUAUUAAGGUCUCUUAUCUUAUAGAUAAAUGACAAAGCACUUCUAGUGAUGCACCGCAAAAUAAAGGUCAACCUCACGCUCGGGUAACCUGUUUUCAAUAGCGACUAGACUAAUAGUAUUUGUAAAUAGGACAGUUUUAUGGACUUCAAAAUGUGAUUUCCAUAAACUUUAACUACAAUUUACGCGGAUAUUAAUCAAAAUUCAGAGUUGGCGCAAUGAUAUGAAAUUAUUGUAAUUUCUAAACGAAUCUAUUUAUGUAAAUUUUAUUGUAUUUGAGUGACAUUACAUCAACCAUAAGAUGUGUGUGGGGCCCUUUUGGCGAAUUUUGCCAUAAAAAAAUUAAUUUGGAGGCUUUUUAACUAGCUCCAAGAGUUGUACAGAAAGAUAUGCCGCUAUUAAUAUUGUUUCGCAACAAAUAGAUCAUUUUGAUUACUUAAAAAAAGUACAAUGAAUCAUACUAAGUUAUUUUUUGUUGUACUAUCCGUUGCAAGAUAAUUUGGAUAGUAAAUUUAAACUAAUUCAACUAAAUAUAUUAAAAUUUUCGUUCCAUCUACUUCCAUUUUCUUUUAUUUUUUUUUAUAACGAGUGGAUCAACAAAAUGAGCAUUUUUUUAUAUUUUAAUUGUGAUUUGAAAGUGUAUUUUAAGUGGGAGAUGAUGAUGUUCGAGUCUAUUAACUGUACGUUACUUAUCACAAUCUAUUUUGUAUGGAUUUUCAUACAAAGAACUUUAGUUUGUUGAUUAUUAUUUAAUAAACUACAUUUUAUUUAAAAUGUACUGUUUAACGAAUCAUGUAACGAUCACGCUCCUGCGCAGUAAACAAAAUAUGUUCCAACAAACAGAUGAUCGUUCAUCGCAUCGUCCUUCCAAUUGUUCCAACAAAAAUUGUGAUCGUCCAAUGACAGUGUUGCGACGAUCAUUUUAGUACUCUGAUACUAUAAAAAUUGUGUGUUGGAAGAAACCUAAUGUAACUGCGCCAUUUUGAACUCAGAUGUUUCUUAGGUAUGCCCAGGGUAGUAGUUCCCUUAAAGAAAAAAAGUGGGAAAAUGUUUAGGUUUCUAUUUAUUAACAAAUCACAUAUUGGAUGGACAGUCUGCAUCUUUUUUUGUCAGUAUAGAUAAAAAAUCCUGUUCUUAUAAUGCUAACUUGAUUAUCAAACAACUGCUAAGCCUUAGAUUGAAGCCUCAUACGCACCAAACUGCCUAAUUUAGAUACAAAAUUAGCCAAACUAAAUCUUCGAAUACCCAAAACACUUAAAUUAUUGCCAUCCAUAUGUCUAGUGUGUAAAGACAACCAGAAAAACCUGAUUACUGAUACUAGGAGUGUAAAAUAUAAGCUGAGGGCCCUGACAUCUGACGAGUUGAUGAAGAAUAUAUCUUCCUAUAGAAACUGUUAAAAAAACGGUAAUAUUAAAUGCGAAACACGGAGCUACGAUGAGAAGAAAAAAUUUGGUCCUCUAACCACUACAAGAAAGGUCCAAAGGUGUUGUAAUAUUUGAUCUUAUACAGUAUAACUCAUGAUCAAACAACGUAGAGAGCAAAUAUGAGAACAUCAAAUGUAUGUUAAUAUUCCGUUGGGGUGAGUUGACGGAAUUAAUUAAAAAUAAGUGUAACGACGAACAGUAAUAUAUUUAUUUAUUUUGGGUGAACAAGCGGCGUGUUUGCUUAUAUCUCGAAAGAGGGUUGAUUGUUAGCGAACCGAGGAUUUGUCUGCAUCGUUUGCGUGCUGUGUAGAGACUGGCCUCCGGACCACCACCUUUAUGUCAACUAGUUUUGCGGUUUUGAGAUAAUGACCAGAAAGGGCCAUACAUUCUGCAUCUCCUUUUAAGAACCUUUUUGUAUUUUAAGAAGUUGACAUAACGAGUGUGGCACUCUGGGCAUCGCAAUCUAUUAGUGUUUCCUUGAAUGAAACAUUAAUCACAAUCUGUUUAAAGGAUAACAUUUCGUUUCUCGAAAUCAACGGCAUAUGGUUUGUAUAUCACAUGUGGAUUUUAAAUGACCAAUGCCGUUUCAUUUUGAGAAAAGCUAUAAAAAAUUAAGAAAAUAAAAUUAGCAAAAAUAGUAAUUAUUAAAGCGUACCGCUAUAUUAGUAUUGAGAACAAUGAAGUAAGGAAAAAGCUGACACAAUUCAGAAAUACAAACACAGGUGGAUCCAGUGUAAUUGCGCAGAUGUUAGAGAACAAAAUGUUUCAGGUGAAAACUGGAAUGGACAAACUAUGAGGUUAAUAACAUUGUUAUUUGGUACGCGCCCAACAUUAUCUCUGAUAAACUGAAGAUUUGGUCUGGAUCACGUGUCAGUUGAAUCUUAAUGGUCUAAUAAUCUCCAAUUGGCUCAAGUCUAGUGUUCCUUGAGCAUUUGUGGUGUUAUUUUUGGCUUAUAAUAGUCCUAUGUCAUUUAAAUCGCACUGUACAGUAAAACCCAUUUAUCUGCAACCGCGAGCAAAAGACACGACAGGCGUUUGUUGAUGCGGUGUAAGUGACCUUGAGGGUUUCAGUUAAAUCUGUUCAGUUACACACAUUUCGGCAUACAGUGGCUACCAACAUUAAACACCUGGCUUCUUACGAUUUGUGUUACAGCCAAAUUCUUUAAAAUUCGUUGUCCUUUGAUCUGAUGGUAACUGAAAGCUUUCUGCCACACGGACCCUUCCGAAUCGACGUAACAGGAUGUUCCUCUUUUUUAAGGUUUAGUUUGUAACUAUGUCAAGUUAAAUGUCCAGUUUUGACAAUUCAAUCAAAAAGUUCCUCAAUUUUUAACUAAUGCCUGUAUCACUUCGAAGAUACUUUUAAGGCACUCGAAAUUUAAAAGAAAAACUGAUCUUUCUAGGGCUAGUCCAAUAAUUUGAGCAUGACCUAUAGUCUGCUCAUGUACUAUUAUUAUAGUCAACUUGUGCUUCUGAUACAUGCGUGUUUGGACAUAAAUAAGAUUUGUCAUUAUCUGUCAAAUGAUAAAAAUUUAGAAUACAAUAGUACAGUUAGUAUUUCUCAGCAUCAAGUCUCUCAAACAGUGUUUUAAUCAAACAAAAUAACUAAAAAAUUACAAAAUAUCAGCUUAGACGUAAAUUUUUUACAAAUUCAUAGUAGUUCUAUUGAACCUUGCAGGUAUAACCUCGAGUAAUUUUCAAAAAAUUUAAAUGUUAGCGACCACAUUUUUAGGAUUUUUUUUUAUUAUAUGAUCUCAUAUAGCAUAAUCAAAAGGGAUGUCUAAUAAAAUCCCAGAAGAUAUUUUUGCAAUGAUUUUAUAUAUGUGUGUGUAGAUUUAUGCAUAUAUAAACGGGUUGUAUGCAGAAUAUUUCAAAAAUUAACUUCGGUUGUCUUUAACACGAAUUUUCGGACCUCACCACGACAUUAACACAAACCAGUAUAGGAUCAGAACCAACAUCGAAUUAAAAGCACUACAAUGACACCCGAUAUUGUCCAACAAAUUAAAGGCGCGUUCCAAGUGACGUACUACCCUACUUCGUGCUGCCCUCGUCAUGCGCAUUAUAAAAAAUGUGUUCCAAGCGAACAUGAACGAUGAUUCGUAUCAUACACUGUGUUGUUCCAAGCGAUCCAUGUACCGUUUCGAAAUCGGUAACUGAACGGUCCUUUUGAUACAUGCCUUCAAGCAGAAACUAUUUGUACUGACUUGCGCAGUUUUGUUUUCAUUUUUACUGGUCACCGCUAUGAGAUCAGCUGAUGAUUCAAUAAUAGAAUAAUCCACAAUCCACGCUAUUAGUACCUGUGAAUCUUGAUUUUCGUUUAAAUAAUUGUAUUAAUUCUUUUUUUUUUCAAAUUAAUCUUAAAAAUAUGGAUAAUUUAUUAUUUUUUUUUUUCAUAGAAGACAGCGAUUUGUUUGAUAUCGAUUCUGAGAAAGAUGUUGAAGUUGAAGUGAUGUUGAAUGAACAUGUUAAAAAUGAUAAUUUCUAAUCAUCUAGCAAACUACUAUAGUGGUACUCGUACUGAAAAUGGCUCAGGCGCAACUCGAACUUGAAAUGGAACACAAAUACGUUCCAAGAGGGUUACGUACCAGUAAUCGGUUCGGGAUCGAAAGAAAACCGUUUAAGGGCGAUUCUGCGCAUUAAAACAGUCCAAUCGAUUUCGUGACGGUUAAAGGAAUCUUACAAAUGUAUCGUCUUGGAACGAACCUUAAAUCACAGCGACUACGAUGGGCAGGCCACGUGCACAGACUUCAUAACGAGAGACUUGUAAGACUGGUAUGGGAGGAGAUUCCUACAGGCAAAAUACCACUCGGACGUCCCAGAAUGCGAUGGAGAGGUAACAUCCAAGCAGAUCUCCGAAAAAUGAACAUCCCAUUUGACCCUGGGAUCAAGGUUGAUGGAAGACCGAACAAAUUGGAAGAAAGUUGUACAGGCAUCCAGGACCCACCCAGGGUUGUAGCGCUACGUGACGAUGAACUUCGGUUGUCAACUCAGAAAUAUCUAAUAACACAGAACCAUAAAUUUGAAAUUGUAUCCACCUUUAGCUACUUGGGAGUAACAAUAGGCAAAACCGAUAAAGAGAACAGAGGAUAUAAUUCUGAAAGGCAUGAAAACAUAUGGAAUGAAUAGAAAUCUGCUAAGAAGCAAGACUCUUAAGUAAGAGAACAAAGAUUAACCUAUAUAAGAACUUAAUAAGACCUGUUGUUACAUAUGGGAUGGAAACAACGACGAUUAACAAGAAAGGGGAAGAUAACUUUUUUAAAUUUGACAGAAAAAUAAUGAGAACGAUACUGGACCACAAUAUAAGAAGAGAUGGAGGAAUGAGAAGGAAAACAAAUGCCGAAAUUGAAGAAGAAAUAGUAAAGGGAGAAAAUAUAGUCAGAUACAUAAAAUCUCUUCGCUUAGAAUGGAUAGAACAUAUAAUUAUACAAAGACGCCCACACUCAGAUGUGUUAAGAAGGAUAAUUAAAUAGACACCCCUAUUAGUCCAAGAGGCAGCGCUGAAAAAUCUCUUUGAAUUUACUAAAGCUAGAUUUUUCACAGUUGAUUACUGUGGGUGUGUAGAGAAACAUACUGCGGUCGGUCAAGCGAAACGUAGAACAGGGGUUACCGAGAGGGUAUCAAAGUUGCUUUCCUACGAAGGUAAUUAAAUCCAUUUACUAAGGCUGAAAAUCAGUACACACACUCUAAAUUAAAUAUUAAUAAAAGUUAUUAUAGUCGGUCAGCUGUAUGACGGGACAGAGCCGGUCGGUCGGCCCCAACGAAUGUACAGGGUUAUUCACUAUAUUUUGACCCCUUUGUAAACUGCUUUAUUUACAGAAUUAGAAAAAAAUGUCAAAUACAAAAGUUAUUCGAUUUUUAAAUUAUGAUUUUUUGAGAUAUAUAUCGUACUAGUGACGUCAUCCAUUUGGGCGUGAAGAAGUAAUCCACCUCACCCAAGAAUAGGAUUUUGAAGGACAUGGCAUUAGCUACAAUCCCUAGAGAUUAAAGAUUAAUGAAUGAAUGGACCUCAGUUGUCAUAUUUUGGGUUGAAUGUAACGUUUACUGAUAGAAUUGUCACGACAUAACUGCAGAUACAAAAAUCAUGUGCUUAGACGGUUUUUGUAAGCAUUUUGAUGGCUGGACUCUUAAAGAUAUCUUAAAGAGGAUGUAGGAAUAACUCUGUGCAGGGCUGCAAGGACAAUGAACGAACACCAAGUUAAAAAACCACUAACAUAAUUUGCUCUCUUAUACGUUGCUUGCCAAUAUGGCAAACUAACUAUACUACAAUCACAAUAAAGAUACACUAGAAAUAAACGAAGACACGUUGAAUGUUAUGAGGAGCACUCCCGAAUCAUGAUUUACAAUGUAUAAACUUUGUAAAUCAUUUUUUGGGAUUUACAAUGUAUAUACAUUGUAAAUUAUGAUUUGGUAGUGCUCCUCGUAAUAUCCAACGUAUCUUGGUUUAUUUAUUUCUAGCGCAUCUUUAUUGUGGUUGUAGUAUAUGUAUAUGCUCAACUUAUAGUGAAAGGAAAGAUCGAGGGAUGGAGAGGACUAGGAAGAAAAGACUAUCGUGGCUCAGAAAUAUCCGACAAUGGACAGGGCUAAGUUUUGAACAGCUAAUAAGAACCGCUGAAGACAGAGAAGAGUUUGCAAUUGUAGUAGCCAACCUCCAUUGACGAGACGGCACUUUAAGAAGUAUAUGUAUUAACAUCUCUCAUAACUCUCUAAUAAAUACUUUCUGCUCUAAAAUAUGCUAUGUGCACAUGACGUUUCUCAAUGUCACAUCUCAAAACUUGUUUGUACUUAAGAAAUGAGCUAGUUUUGUUCCUUAUACAGAGUGGACCAAAGGAACUUCGGUUUCGACUUUCGAGCCGGUUAUGCUGAAAACCGAAUCGUUACCAAGACCGCUUAGGCCCAGCAACUGUUUUAAAACCGAUCUGAAACCGAUUGCACUCGCAACUAUUUUGUUAUUUCGGCAGCGAAAAGCACGGGGAUUCGUCCACGACGCGAUAGAAACUGGUUUCGAAAUAGUUUUCAACCAUUGUAAAACAGUUGCGUCGUGGAGUUGGACCUUAAAGACGUUGUCCAGGGGUAGUGAGAGAGUUUAAUAACAAUAUAAAUAACAUCUUAAUUUUAUAACUACCGCUGUAUUGCUUUUUAAAUUACGCUUUUUUUGAAAUAUUCUGUUUGCAACAAACCGUCGCUAUCCCUAUAAUGUAGAUAUGAUCUUGGAUGUCAAACGAAGAGUACCACUGUAGCUUUUUGAAAUGUAAACAUGUUAUUUUAUUUGUAAAAACCAAUUUUGGAAGAUUCUUAUUUUUAAUGUGAAAGCGUAAAAUGUAAAAAGAAUUUUUUGAUAUCAUGAGUAGCAAAGCUCACACAUUUUUGCGGUUUAUAGGAGGUGGAAAGUUAAUUUCAGGAUAAUAUUUUAGUUUAACUUAAUAUUUACCCAUCAAAUACGAAAAAUCUAUCAAACUGCCCACUAAACUCUGACAUCUUUCGUCGAAUGACUAUACAUCUACCAAAUUAACCUUAAAGAUCCAUUUUUGAAUAUAUUCACUCUUUUUUGUACCAAGUCUUUUUCUUCUAUUUCGAACAACUGUUUUUUUCUUCGCUUUUACGAUUUGCAGAUCUGUGUAUAUCCUGUUUUAUCUAUCACAAUUCUGUUAGUUUCGUAUUUAACAUUAUAUAUACCUAUAUAUAUAUAUAUAUAUCCGGGGUGUCAUAUCGGCUGACGCCGCAUCCCCACACCUAACCGCCAUCUAUUUCUAUCCUGGGCAUCUUCCUCUUCCAAAUCUCGGUGUUCCAUGGCCUUCCUUAUCGUGUCAUUCCAGGAUAGUCUUGGUCUUCCCCUUUUCUUCCUACCUGGGGGUUUCCAUUUCAGGAGUUUCUUUGGCCAUCGUUGGUCGUCCAUUCUAAGUAAGUGACCGAACCAUUUUAGGCUUCUUCUCUCGAGCCUGUCUACCGCUGUAUCGUGUGCAUUUAUAUAUACCUAAUUAUACCUAAUUAGGCACACGAUUAUAUAUACCUAAUUAUAUUUAUUACUGUUUCUCCUCAGGUGUCUUAGCCAUUCGGAUAUAACAAGCGAUUCUAGAACAAUGUAGCUGAUUAUACGUAGUAAUGAGGCAUUUACUCGGUACAAACGCUACACAAAAAUAUAAAAACUUGACUCUUAAAAGAGGCAUCUGGUACUGAGAAAGAAAAACACUGUUUCCACUUUUCCAGGCAUUUUUCUUGUUUUUUUUUUAAGUUUUGUUGUAUUAUCGUUCACAAACGUCUAUGUUUGGUGCAUUAGAAGAGUUGACUGCUGAGGUUAAGGUGAAUUUGUUGAUUCCUUACUUCUUAGUGCUCAUCCGCACUGUUCCUUCAUUUCUAUUUCCGGCACAAAUCCUUUGCUUUCCCACUUCAAGGUCAAUCUUUACUCCUUUUUGAUUUUGCAGGUCUUACUAUAAUUUUUUCAUAAUAUCGACAAUGACGAUUUUCCUUUUGAAUUCUUUGACUUGGGUUACAUUUUAACCAUUUUUUCGGAGUAUAUCGAUAUCUAAAACCAGUCUUUAAUAUUUUAAACUAUUUAAAAAUAAAAUCUUCCAACAAUUCUCGUGCUCUAGCUACUAGAAUGUAAAUAUUUUAUCAAAACAUUCGAUUAUGUUUAAAUAUUCCAAACAACAUACGUAAAACGCUUUUUAUCACAAAUGUACAGUACCUAUUGUUGUUUACAUUUCACAGAAGCCGUUAGAACUUUAACCUGUGAUUACCUUACAGAUUUUAAAUUUGAUAUCGUAAAAGCCGAGGCGCAGAAAUGUAAAAAUUGUAAUUUAUGUAAAGUUUACUUCUUUGAAACAAUAACACAUCAUGAUGUAUAUAAAGUCGAAUAUUAGAACACUUAACUUAAGCUUUAACUAGCGUUGAAAAUUUCAAGACGAGCCGGUAAGUAAUAUUAACAUCUGAUUUUAUCUUGUCUUUGUCUAUGUGUUUUAUUUGUAAUGGUUUUUAAUAUUUUUUUAAAUAGCUUAUCUUGGACAUCUUUUUUUGGUAAUAUGAUAUUGUUCAACAUAAAAAGUUACAGCCCAACAAUUGACAAAUAGAAAACAUUUGGCAAUACACUAAUUUGAUCAAAAUUUGAGUUCUUAUGGACUCCAUAGCACUUACUCUAUUGGAGUUCAACCUCGGCAUUAUAAAAUAGAGUCCUUUAACCCUUCAUUCACCAGUUAACGUCUCUCUUUACAGCCCAAUAUUCACCUCUAUGUUUAAUGCUGCUGCUAUUUUCGACGGCGCCACGUUGGGCGCCCAUAUAUUUUGUCUAACCUUUUCCGAAAUCUAUUUUUUUUUUUCACCAAUCGAUCCAUUUGCCUGCUGAUGGUAUAAAUUAUUUUAAUGAAUGUGGUGUUUUGUUUUCUCUUUAUUCAGUUCAAACUCACUUUUUUCAGUGUCGUUAAUUUCCUAAAUUUCUAUUUAUAAAUUUUGUGGAAUCUGCAACUAUCAUUUGUCAUAGAGCAUUGAUAUUUUCUGCUGUUGUUUUUUACCUAACACGGUGUGCUAUUAACACAUGCAGUGUUUAUUCAUCAUUGUACUCACUUUUUACAAUCGAAAGUAAAACAAAAUCAUUACUUGAAACUGUUUGACUUUUCAUCUGUAACGUUGGCACGUGUCAACCCGGUCGUGAGGCACGUGCCAACUCCAUAAUAUAUAUUCCGAAGAAAAGUUGUUUACCUAUGAUCAAUACUGCACUCUGUAGGAGCUUUUAUCAUGGAGCUAUGCUGGUAUACAAAUUCUACAAAUAUUAAUAUCAAUGGAUUGUUGUAUUCUGUAACUUUCUUCAUCAAGGAUUUAAUUAUUUGUAGGAUAAAUAAGAGAGACAGUAUAAUGUUUGAAAUACUAAAGGUAGAUAUUUAAGUUUAAAAGGAUAUUUCAAGAUUGUUCCUUAUUUAUUAACGUUUCUUCGUUGUUGCUUCUGUUAUUUUAGAUUUUCUUGAUUUGUACAUAAGAAUUAAUUGAUUUACGUAUACUGUGUUUGCAAUCAGAACGAACAAAAAUAAAAAUUAUAUGAUGUACAGGGUGUAACGGAACUUUCUCCCUAUCUUGGUAUCGUUAUAAACUCGGAAAUCAAUAUAUCAUUAAAAAUAUAAGCGAAUUCGCAAUAUAGACUAAAUUAUAACACUGUGUAUUUUAAAACUUGUGUAAAGAAUAUUUCAGUUUCCUGUACAUUAUUUUCCAAAAGAGAACAAUUUUAUUCAUUUCUAUUUUUUAAUAGUAUAUCUCACGUCUUAUUGGCUUGUCUUGUACAUUUUUGAUCAAUUGUGCGGUGAUGCAGUGGUGGUAACGACAAAUAUUUGAUUGUAUUAGACUUCGUCAUUCUGUUUAUGUAGGUGAAGUAUUAAAACUGCCUAAAAAGUUAUUGUAAAUAAUAUAAAAAGCUUAUGGACGUUUUUAAAUAUUAUUAACUGUAAAGAAGAAAUAUUGAACAGUUCGUUAUCUGCUAUUUUUUUUAAUUUAGGUUUUGUUUCUUUUUAUCCUAAUUUAUUUUGUAAAUAUUAUAAUUAUUUAAGUAAUUUAUUUAAGACUGAUGACUUAUCAUCUUUUCUUCUCUAAUAGUUAUAUCUUUUUGUAUUUAAUUCUUGUAUUUGUAGUCAAAGUGUUGAAAAUUUUGAAUUUUACUGGCUGUUAAAUAUUCCACCUGAAAAAAAUAUCCUUUUCUCAUGAAUACGUAGAAAUUUUCACCAUUUUGACACCGAUACAUGUAACAAUAGUUGAUUUCUUUUAAAUUAAUUUGUUAUUUGGUUUACUUUGGAAAAGUAUGCACCACAGUACAAAUACAUUUUUCAAUAUUUUAAUCUUUUCGUAGAAUUUUCAUUGUAAUGGUACUGUGGUACAUACAAAAGGUUGUGGAUUCUCUUCCCAUUUGUGACAUUGUAAGCUUUUAAAUAAAUAAGUCUUAAAGGCUAGUUUGUGAAUAACAGAAACCCGCAAGGUCUCGUAUUCGUGUACACAUUAAAUACAUAGAGGUUGUUUUAUAUUUUCCCAUAUAGGGCUAUCCAUUGCUGCUUAUUUGUUUCGAACACUUGAUCUUUGACCUAUAAAUAUAUAUGUACGUCAAAUGUCAUUGGUACAUCCCAAUUAUAUAUACCAAUGACGUAUGACGUAUGUCUGUUGUGUGUCAUAUGUCAAAUUUUCAAAACAAAUGAGCAGCGAUGAAUAGCCACGUUGUUCCACAGUAUCGUAGGUUGCGGUUGAUAGUUUAUGACGUAUUGUUAAAUGUGGGACACCUGCUAGUAGAAAAUAUGCACAAACUGGCCUGUAAAUCUCCUGUAGAUAAAUGCUUUUUAAAUAAAUUUCAACAUGUAGAUAAAUCACUGUGCUGUAUUCAAUGUUUGUUAGGAAACAAUUUUUUAUGUGUAUGAUUCUGAAAGAAUCGCGUGAUGUAAUAUAUAAUAAAUAUUAUUGUUUCUAUAAUAUUAGAAACAUUAGUCAUAA